ACAGCCGUCGCGCCGCACUCGAGCCCCGUCCCAUCGCAUCCCUCCGCGAGCCUCUCCCGGCAGCUGGCCUGCUGCGUCUAUAAGCCUCGCACCCCGCCCCAUGCCGCCCACCUAGUCGCCAGCGCUUCCAACGCUCCCCACGCUCCACGCCCGCCAACCGUCUCGCGCCGCGCCUGCCAGUCUGGUUCGCCGUCGCGCACUGAAACGCAGACAGCCGUCGACGCCCAGCCUUGCACCCACAACCCCUCGCCCCGUGCUGCCGCGAGAGCGCCAUUGCUGCAGCCAGACGUGCCAGUGCGGCGCAAUCCGGGCGCAGCUCGCUGUCGUGCGUGGUGCAAGGCAGCUCUGAGCCAUGGCAACGGCGAUGCAGCUCAUGCCGUCACCGACCGCAGGCCUCAACUCGGCCUUUAGCCCCUACACCGACUCGCCCAGCUCGCCCGGCACCUUUGCCCACGUCUUCUCAAAUAGAUCCUCGGGCGUGCCCUCCGACCACCUCCUGCCGCCCCCCAGCCCGUACCCGGCCACGGUCGAGCCGUCGCCCGUCGAGAGCAAUGGCACGAGCAACACGGACCACACCGAGAUCGACGAGGACGCACAGGAAGACGGCGACAGCGAAGACGGCAUGAGCGACAUCAAGUCGCCCGACACGGACGACAUUGUGAGUCCCGCCAGCCACGAGCGCCAGGCAAAGGUAUGGCGCGACUCGAUGCAGCGCCGCGCAGACACUCACUUCCUGGCUCAACAGCCGGCCAAGCUGGACACGACGCUGCCCGUGCAUGAGCGCUCCAACUCGGACGAUGCGCCGCCGUCCGUCAUCCACGCGCCGGCAAACUUCAAGACUUUCAGCAGAUUGAGCAUGUCGGCCGCGUCCUCGAGUGCCAACACAUCUGACAGCGUCGCUGUCGCGUCGCCCCAGACACCGGAAGCGAACAUGAUUCCCGAGUCCAACAACAAGCACGCGUACGCCCACGCAUUCACCACGCCCAUCGACACCGACGUGCCCAUGGGCAUCCCAGACCGCAGCACCCCCCGUGCACAGACGCGUCAGGACUACGACGAGGAUCUCAGACGGCGGAGUUCCCGCAUGAGCCUCAACCUUGCUGACAUAGCAGAGUACGAAGACCGAGGCGCCACCACAGACUCAUCCGCGAGCUCCGUAAUCGAACAAGACGAUAGCCAGCCCUCGUCACGCCAAAGCGAAGCUGCAUCCAUUGGCACCCAAACAAUGGGCCAGGUGCUGAACGGCAUAAUCGAGACGGACAAGGAGGUUGCUGCGUUGGGCAACGCCUUGGACGAGUGCUGGACCCUGUGCAAUUCCCUCGCAAAGCUUAGUCAAAACCAUCGACAUCGGAUGUUCCACUAUUCUGGUGGAAGAGCUGAUAUACAAGAACAUGCGUGGAGGACAUGCUGGCGACUAUGCCAAAGGCUCUACGAAAGUCGGGAGGAGGACCCGUCAGCACAGAUCAAGCCGACUUUGGAGCUUUGCCGGGAUUUCUGUCAGGCCUUGUUUGACGUGCGACAGCGGGGAGACGAGGAAUCCGAUUCAGUGCUGAGAGUCAGCUUUGAAAUGAACAACCACCUCUACAACGCCCAUGACCGGACACUACCCGAAACUUUCCGAGAACGAACACUAGACUUCUACUGGACACUGUGCCAUCGGCUGAUGAAGCAGAGAACGUCCCUCCCAGAAGAGACAGACUCAUUACUUCACGCAUGCUGGUCAUUAGCCGAGAUGCUCUUUAGCCUCCGCCAAAACAGCCGAGAUGCAAAGGAUGCUGACGAGGAGCUUCUGGGAUCCGCAAUCCAAUCUUGCUGGGAGCUAUGUGACCUGUUCCGCGAAGGCUGGACGCAAGUAAGACCCGAACGCGGUACCCCACGACCGAGUCAGUACGCCUUCUCGAAUGGCCCCGGGUCCGUGACACAUUCCCAAAUCGCAUACUCCGAACCAUACACGGAGCGGUCUGGGCGGUCUUCGAGUAUGAAUGAAUCAUACCACUCUGCCAUUUCAGCCAGAAGAAAUAUUCCGACAAUGCCAGAGACGCCAACUACCAUCUUCGACGACCGUGAGGAGUUCUCGCCUGCCGACGAGCCUAAUGUACCCAACAUUCUUGUCCUGGGGCCGGAGGCGGGCAUGACGCGUACACACGACCGCUGGUCUUCUGCAUCCUCGAAUCUCUCCACAUACUCUGAUGCUUCGGGCCCAUCCGUCAAAUCCAUCAAAAGCUCAUCAACAGCAACCGCAGGACGCGAAGAUCCAAACUUGAUCCGUCUGAAAGGCUUGAUUAUCAAAGCAGCCAUCAACACGGGUUACAAUCGAACAUCGCCGCUUCCCGACUUUAUCCGUUCUCUUCCUCUGAACACUUUCGGAGUACUUCCCUGGGAGACCCAGCUCUUCGAAAACUACAGAAAGCUGGUGUUGACGGAUCCAACAAUGCGUACUGUUCACACACAACCGCCACGUAGGCUGACAGCUCUCGAGAUCGGCCGAUCUGUGCAGUGGAUGGCGAGGAGUGAAUCGUUCAAGUGGUUACGGGAGUUGUAUCGAACCGUGUUCGGUAACUACCCAGAGGAUCCAAGUCAGAGAAAUCUCAUCAUCAACGCAUGAUGUACACGAUGUCAGUACUUGCGCCGUGGAGUCGCCAAAUUUCGAAGGUGUGUUGCUUUUGUUCGGUGAGGCACUUUUAGUCUGCUUUCUUCUGCCAUAUACCCAACGCUCUCUUCGCUACGCAUUUGUUCGUUCUAGUGGGCUAUCGUCUACACAAUGUUGAAGUUGGAUUCAUCACAGCUUUGGCUGUUCGUGUAUAUUUACCAGUAAUUGUGGCACGAUGACGAUGCUCGUAACGCAAAACAAUAAUGAUUCUGAUGUAUCUAUUGAGCGUAUUUAGUGACCGCGAAUGUAUAUGCCAGAGCUA